AUGUCCAUCCAAUCCGUCUCCCUCCAGCCCUUCACCGACCAGAAGCCCGGCACCUCGGGCCUCCGCAAAAAGGUCAAGACCUUCCAACUACCCAACUACGCCGAAUCCUUCAUCACCAGCAUCCUCCUCUCCAUCCCCGAAGGCGCCCAAGAUGCCUUCCUCGUCAUCGGCGGUGACGGCCGCUACUACAACACCGACGUCAUCCAGAAAAUCGCCAAGAUCAGCGCCGCCUAUGGCGUCCAGAAGCUCCUCGUCGGCCAGAACGGCAUCCUCUCCACCCCGGCCGCCAGCAACCUCAUCCGCAAGCGCUCCGCCACCGGCGGUAUCCUCCUGACCGCCAGCCACAACCCGGGCGGCCCCGAGAACGACUUUGGCAUCAAGUACAACCUGGCGAACGGUGCUCCCGCCCCGGAGACGGUCACCAACGCUAUCUACGACACGUCCAAGACGCUCACCGAAUACAAGUAUGCCGAGCUCCCCACGGUCGACAUCGCCACCGUCGGCACGCGGACCUACGGCCCCCUCACGGUGGAGGUCGUCCCCUCCACCGCCGACUACGUCGCCAUGAUGAAAGACAUCUUCGACUUCGACCUCAUCAAGUCCUUCCUGCGCUCCCACCCCGACUUCAAGGUCCUCUUCGACGGCAUGCACGGCGUGACCGGCCCCUACGGCACCGACAUCUUCGUGCACGAGCUCGGCCUCCCCGCCAACAGCGUCAUGAACGCCCAGCCCAGCGAGGACUUCGGCGGCGGCCACCCCGACCCGAACCUGGUCUACGCCCACGAGCUCGUCGAGGCCGUCAACCGCGACGGCGUCCACUUCGGCGCCGCCAGCGACGGCGACGGCGACCGCAACAUGAUCUACGGCGCGAACACGUUCGUCUCGCCCGGCGACUCGCUCGCCAUCAUCGCGCACCACGCGCGCCGCAUCCCCUACUUCCAGCGCCAGGGCGUCUACGGCCUCGCGCGGUCCAUGCCCACCUCCGCGGCGGUCGACCGCGUUGCGGCCGCGCAAGGGCUGCAGAGCUACGAGGUGCCCACGGGGUGGAAGUUCUUCUGCAACCUGUUCGACAACCAGAAGCUGUCCAUCUGCGGCGAGGAGAGCUUCGGCACGGGCAGCAACCACAUCCGCGAGAAGGACGGGCUGUGGGCCAUCGUCGCGUGGCUGAACAUCAUCGCCAGCGUCGCGCAGGACACCCCCGGCAAGACGCCCAGCAUCGCCUCCAUCCAGGAAGACUUCUGGGCGACCUACGGCCGGACGUUCUUCACGCGGUACGACUACGAGAACGUCGACAGCGCAGGCGCCAACCGCGUGAUCGCCGAGCUGGCCGCCCACGUCGAGAAGCCGGAGGGGUUCGUGGGCAGCACCGUGGCGGGGCGGACCGUGAAGGACGUGGGCAACUUUGCCUACACUGAUCUGGACGGGAGCGUCACCAAGAACCAGGGUCUGUACGCGACGUUCGACGACGGCAGCCGGAUCGUGGUGCGUUUGUCCGGGACGGGCAGCAGUGGAGCCACCAUCCGGUUGUAUAUCGAGAAGUAUGAGGCGGAUAAGAGCGCGUUUGGGUUGAGUGCGCAGGAGUACCUGGGGGAUAAUGUGCGGUUGGCGAUGGGGCUGUUGAAGUUCAGGGAGUAUGUUGGACGGGAGGAGCCUGAUGUGCGGACUUAA